GCGUUCCCUAGCCAACACUGUCCAGAAACUGGUCGUUGUUCGCUGAUGAAAACUUAUUACCGGUGUUUACCAUUAUUUAUCAGUACUCCAACUUAUAAUUUUUAAAGUUUACUCCAGACGUCCACUGUGAUAUUUCAUAAUGAAUAACAUAAUUGAAAAACGACGACGAACACGCGACCGUGUGCGAAGGCAUCGUUUCGUUCAUCAAAACACUAUUGUGCCACAGAACCAUCCGCUAAAUGAUGACAGUGACUCUGACAUCAACUCCGAAACUGAAUGUGUCAGUGAUCAAGAAAAUAGUAAUAGGUCUGAAGAAGAUGUAUCCGAGGGUGGUAUUUCUGAACAAUUACUUGAACAUAGCCAAAGUGAGAUCGACGAAGAGAAUGGUGACUCAGGUGACGGUUCUCAGAUAGACCACGAAGAAAGUGUAUCAUCAGCCAGUGUCAUUGAUGAAAACAGUGAUAUCGGCUCAUCUAUAAAUGAAGCGACUGACGAUAGUUUGAAUGAACGAAAUGAAGCUGAGGAAAUUCGAAAAUGGGCAAUAAAAGAACACCUUAGUCAUUCUCAAUUGGAUGGGCUUUUGGUGAUUUUGAGGAGAAGAUUGCUGCCUGAACUUCCAAAGACAGCAAAAACAUUUCUACGUACAUCGGCAGUGGCCUAUGAUAUACAAGACAUGGAAGAUUAUGAUGGAAAUAUGGGACAAUUCGUGUACUUUGGUAUUGCUGAAAGGCUUCGAGCCUGUGUCAAUGAAGAAGUGCACAUAGGUAAUGAAAUUUUGAUCCAAGUUAAUGUCGACGGACUGCCUCUCUUUAAAUCAAGUAACACUCAACUGUGGCCCAUUUUGUGUAAAGUUGUCCACGAACCAGACAUAUACGAGCCGGUGCCUGUAGCUAUAUACGCAGGUUCUACAAAACCAAAAAGAGUUGAUGAGUUCUUGGAUGAGUUCAUUGAGGAAAUGAACCAACUAUCAGCGAAUGGUAUUGACAUUAAUGGCAGACUGUUUCAAGUAAAAAUUCAAAGUUUCAUAUGUGAUACGCCAGCUAGGUCUUUCCUCAAAUGUGUUAAGGGUCAUACUGGAUAUUAUGCGUGUGAAAGGUGUACCGUGAGAGGAUGCAGACCUGGCAGAUCUACUGUAUUUCCUGAUGCGGAUUGUCCUGAACGAAGUGCUGAGGACUUUAAUAGACAAAGGCAGCGAGAGCAUCACAAUAGUGUUUCGCCAUUGCUACGUUUAAGACCUGCAGUAAACUUGGUCUUGUUAUUUAUUCUCGAUUUCUUGCACUUAGCUUGUCAUGGUGUGAUGAAGAAACUUUUGAAAGACUUUUGGCUUUUAGGCAAUCUCCAUCUCAGACUAGGCCGCAGAAGUCGAAUCGAACUGUCUCGCAGAAUGGAGUAUUUAAAAAUUCUGGUAACUUCUGAAUUUCAACGUAAACCACGGUCCGUAGCGUUUAUAGCAAAGUGGAAGGCCACCGAGUUUAGAUUUUUUCUAUUAUAUUGUGGAGUUGUAGUCUUGAAGGGUAUUUUGAACAAUAGACUAUAUAAACAUUUUUUAUUAUUUCAUGCGGCAUGCAGAAUUUUAUGCUGCGAAGAUCUAGCCCUCAGGUACAACAGGUUUGCAAAGAAGUAUCUCAGAAGUUUUUUCUUAGUUAUGCGCCAAUAUUAUGGCCCAGAUUCGCAAAUCAUGAACCUUCAUAACUUAAUUCAUAUGGCCGAUGAUGCUAAGAACAUGAAGUGCUCCCUUACAAAGAUAACUACAUUUCCUUUUGAAAAUGCACUCGGUCACAUAAAAAAGUUAGUCCAUUCGCCAAAUCGACCAUUGGCUCAAAUCUGUCGCCGCUUGAAUGAGAAAUUUUCGAUAAAAAAUCAUAAAGCAACUCUACCCCAGUAUGUAGAGAUACUCAAGGAGAAUAGUGAUAUCCCAAAUUGUAGGAUGAAUCACAAAGCGAUAUCGAAACUGAAAUUCAAAGGGAAAUAUAUACUUUCGGUCAAGGCUCCCGAUAAUGUAGUUCUUCUUAAAAAUGGCACUAUUCUCGAAAUAAAUCUUAUGUCGUACCCUGAUGACAAUCUAGAAGACGUGACAAUUAUUGGAAAAAAAUGGAAAAUCAAAGAGUCGCUGUAUAUGUAUCCGUGUGAUUCGAGAGUGCUGGAAGAAUGGGUGCUUGAAGACAGAUCAUCUGCAACUACAAUUACGUGCCCUAUUGAUCAAAUCAAACGCAAAAUGAUAAUAUUACGUUUGCCUGGAAGAGAGAAAACAUAUGGAAUAUCUCUAUUACAUUAAUUUAACACAGGGCGAGUGUCACAAGGUGUAAUGCGCAAGCUUAUUUUCACGAAUAAUAUAUGUAUAAAUAUACAUAUAUAUUAUAUAUGUAUAAUACAUAUAUCAAUAUUAUUCGUUUGAGUAUGGGAAGACCGUCAAUCAAUUGCCG